UUUUCACUCUGAAACACUUGACGUUGGAGGACGGGAGCAAGAGAAGGAAAAAGGAAAACCUUCGAGCAAAAGAUCAAACUCAGGAGCAUGAACUCACUUAGAGCUGUGCUUCUUCUCUUGGCUUUGGGCGCUUCAGUCUGUGAAGGAGGUAAUCCGUGUUGCUCAUGGCCUUGCCAGAACAGAGGUGUGUGCACAAGUUUGGGUUCAGACAGUUAUGAGUGUGACUGCACCCGCACUGGAUAUUAUGGGCAAAACUGCUCAACGCCUGAAUUCUUUACCUGGAUUAAAAUGACCCUGAAGCCCACCCCUAAUACUGUACACUACAUUCUCACACACUUUAAGGGUUUCUGGAACAUUGUCAACAGCAUCUCCUUUCUCAGAGAUGCCAUCAUGAGUUAUGUGCUGACAUCUCGAUCACACAUGAUUGAUAGCCCCCCUACUUACAAUGCUGAUUAUGGAUACAAAAGCUGGGAAGCCUAUUCCAACCUGUCUUACUACACCCGUACCUUACCCCCAGUGCCAGAGGACUGCCCUACCCCUAUGGGAGUAAAAGGAAAAAAAGAGCUCCCCAAUGCUAAGGAGUUGACUGAGAAGCUCUUGAUGAGAAGAAAGUUCAUACCAGACCCCCAGGGCACCAGCCUCAUGUUUGCCUUCUUUGCACAGCACUUUACCCACCAGUUCUUUAAAUCUGAUAUGAAAAAUGGACCUGCUUUUACUGUGGCUCAAGGUCAUGGGGUGGAUCUCAGCCACAUCUAUGGAGGCAACCUGGCGAGGCAGCAUAAACUCAGACUCUUCAAGGAUGGCAAGCUUAAAUAUCAGAUACUAAAUGGAGAGGUGUAUCCCCCAACUGUUAAGGAAGUAGGUGUUGAAAUGCACUACCCGCCUCAUGUCCAGGAGUCUCAGCGCUUCGCUGUCGGCCACGAGGCGUUCGGCCUGGUCCCCGGCCUCAUGAUGUAUGCCACCAUCUGGCUCCGUGAACAUAACCGAGUGUGUGAUGUUUUGAAGGAGGUCCACCCCUACUGGGAUGAUGAAAGACUUUUCCAGACUGCACGGCUCAUUCUUAUCGGUGAGACCAUCAAAAUUGUGAUUGAGGACUACGUGCAGCACCUGAGUGGCUACAACUUCAAGCUGAAAUUUGAUCCGGAGCUUCUCUUCAAUCAACGCUUCCAGUACCAAAACCGCAUCUCAUCCGAGUUCAACACACUCUACCACUGGCACCCACUGAUGCCCGAUAGUUUCCACAUCGAGGAAAAAGAGUAUAGCUAUAAGGAAUUUGUCUUCAAUACCUCAGUGCUGACUGAGCAUGGCAUCAACAAACUGGUGGAGUCCUUCAGUCAUCAGAUAUCUGGACGGGUUGCUGGUGGUCGUAACGUCCCAGGACCCAUCUUGUACGUGGCCAUAAAGUCCAUAGAGACCAGCAGACAAAUGCGUUACCAGUCACUCAAUGAAUACAGAAAGCGUUUCAACAUGAAGCCCUAUGCGUCUUUUGAGGACAUGACAGGAGAGAAAGAAAUGGCUGUGGUGCUGGAAGAAAUGUACGGACACAUUGAUGCUGUGGAACUCUACACAGGACUACUGGUUGAGAAACCCCGCCACAACGGCAUCUUCGGGGAGACGAUGGUGGAGAUGGGAGCCCCUUACUCACUUAAAGGUUUAAUGGGGAAUGCCAUUUGCUCUCCGGAAUACUGGAAGCCCAGUACUUUUGGAGGCAGCGUAGGCUUCGACAUUGUUAACACGGCUUCUUUGCAGAAGCUCGUUUGUGACAAUGUCAGGGGUCCUUGUCCUCUGGCAUCCUUACGUGUACCUGAUGUGAAAGAGACGGGAUCCUCGGUUAUCAACAGUUCUUCAAGCUCUCGCCUAGCAGAUGUCAACCCCGCUGUCUUUCUGAAGGAAAGGACUACUGAACUAUAAAUACAGCUUCUUAAAAUAGAUUACAAUAUUUAUUUAUUUUCCUAUUUAUUUUGUAUUUAUUGUGCUUUUUAUUUAUAUAGAAUAAUUUAAAAGCUUGAAAAUAUUUCAAAAAAAGUUAAUAUUUUUAUGAAAAUUUGUAGAGAUAUGUGAUACUUGUUCAAAUAUGCUAAAACAUCUUUUGUCAUUCCUUUCUUUAACUAUUAUUGCUCUUAAUGAGGGAAAGGCUGGCUUGGAGUUUAGGUAGUUAACUAACUGGAGUUUGAUACUUGAAUCUUAGUUUACCCACUUUGCUUCCCUGCAUGGGUUGCUACAUUUUCAUUUAUGUUCAAUGGGGGUUUACCCAUGACGCAUUGAAAAUUUGUGAAAUCUGUGAAAGAAUAAAAGUUUUUUUUUUACAUUGACCAACACUGACUGUUUAUAUGUAACUUACAUUAAGAGGCCUCUUCAACUUCAGUAUUUCUUGAUACCCUUUCCUUUGAGUCUGUGGUUGCUGACAGAAACAAUCUUAAUUGCAGGUUGACAUAAUUCAGUUUUCUCCUAGGAGGAAUUUUGUCUGAUGGGAGAGGUAAAACCUGAAUGAACAUCAGUAUUGUUAAUAAAAUGGAAAUAAAAUUGUAAUUAUUUUCAAUUUGACAUUUUGCUUUCAAAUAAAUGUCUUUUUUUAAUCUGG